AUGGCAAAAGGAAGACUGGAGAGUCUAUUGAAAAGACUCAAAAGAACACCAGAGCUUCUAUCAGCCUACCAUAAGGAAAUAGACCAGCUUCGCGUCCAAAGAUUCGUAGAGGAGGCAGACCAGAACUACGAAGGACUCCACACUUAUCUGUCACACCAUCCUGUCAUGCGACAGGACAAAAAAUCCACGAAGAUUCAACCGGUAUUCGACGGGGCGGCAAAAUCGAAGUAUGGCCCAAGCCUCAACGAUGUCUUGGAAACCGACCCGAACCUAAACCCCGAUCUGCUAGCCGUCUUAAUGCGAUUCCGUUUGAACAAAAUCGCUUGGAUAGCAGACAUCGAAAAAGCUUUCUUAAACAUCGCCCUGCAUCCUGAAGACGCCGAAGCUGUCAGAUUCCUGUGGAUCACGGAGUCAGAAACGCCAAAUUUGCCUCUAGUGGCAUACAAGUGGAAACGAGUCCCAUUUGGACUCAGCUCCAGCCCAUUUUUGCUGCGAGCUACCCUAAACAAGCACCUAGACGGCAUGAAAUCAAUCUACUCCAUCACAGUAAGACAGCUAAAGGAACAAAUUUAUGUUGACGACUACCUUGGAGGCGCCGACAACAUCUCUACAGCUAAAACCAGGAUACAGGAGACAAAAUCCAUCUUCCAGGAGGCAAAACUCAACAUGCGAAGUUGGGUCACCAAUGACAAAACAUUUCGCAAAUUUCUCAGUGAAAAGGGGCUCAUCAACCCCAUAGUGAAAAUUUUCACUCAGAAACUGGAAGAAGGUCAGCCUAAGGUCCUAGGGAUUCGAUGGGAUACCGAAUCCGACACCUUCCAAUUCGAUCCCGCACCUAUCAUCGAAGCUGCGACGGAAUUGGGAGAACUAGUGACCAAAAGAAAUAUUUUAACAAUAUCGGCAAGGGUAUUCGAUCCCAUUGGGUUUUUAGCACCCACAACGCUCCUGCUGAAAAUAAUCUACCAGAAACUUUAG